AAAUGACAGAUGACAGAAACACAGAAAAUACCAAAGAAACAAAUCACCAUGAAAUAAUGACCAUUCUAUAGCAUAACCUACUAUAUUCAUAAUCUAGAGAAAUAUCCGCGAUCUUCCUCAAUGAUGAAAUUCUCAUCUGAUUGAUUGCAAAGAUAUUCACCGCAUUUUUUGCAGCCAGACUGAGGCCCAGAUGAACAGAUACCCAAAAUAUUUGGUUGCAUAUAUAUAUAUACACUUUACAAAGUGAAUCUUAACCCAAGAAACUCUAGAAAACUAAAAGUUUAACAGCAUAAACAAUUGCCAUUAGAAGACACUUUCAUCUGGUUAUUAAUGAUAAAUAAUACCAAUAUGAGUAUAAACCCAAACCACACCGUUCUAUCUGUAGAAGAACCAGUGAAUCCUGGCAAUGGGUUCCACUAUCAUUGUUCCACUGGAGAUUUAAUGGGUCCACUAGGACUACUGGUACAAGGACUGUUGGCUUUUCUUGCCUUUUCAUCAUUAAUAGCAAAGAGGUAUUGUGAACCAAGAUAUGAAAGGAGGCCGUGGAGGAUUUGGUUUUUUGAUACAUCCAAACAAGCUUUUGGAGCAUUUUUGAUCCACUUUGCUAAUGUUUUUCUAGCAGAUAUUUCAAAAGGUGGUGAUCCCUGUACUUGGUAUGUUGUCAGUUUCCUGUUGGAUUCUACCAUUGGAUUGGUUGUCAUAUAUAUUGGUCUCAAGAUCACGCAAUUUAUUGUUGAUAGAUAUAAAUGUGAAUCACUGAAGUUUGGAGAGUAUGGAAGUCCUCCAAAAUGCAAUGCAUUUAUUGGUCAAUGUGGACUGUAUAUUCUGGUUAUGAUAGUAGAAAAGAUAUUAAUGACACUGCUGAUUUCAUUUAACUUCUGGAAAGAUGUUAGAAAGUUUAUAAUGUCACCUGUCAAAGAUCCUCAUGUAGAAUUAGUCAUAGUUAUGUUUAUUAUUCCGUUAGUAGUUAAUGCUUUUAUAUUUUGGGUAGUAGAUAAUUUCUUGAAGCGAAAAAUAAAAGGGACAAAAACCAUUUACGUCACUGAACACGAUCCUUCAGUUACUUAUCAUAGACGUCAAGAAAAAGCUCACUCUUAUAAUAAGAUAGAAAGGUCAGAAGAAUCGGAUUUGCUAGCCUCCACAGAUGAAGAAAUAGACAUUAGACAUAGGUCUUCUUCAACUGACCAUUUGCUAUCUUGAUGUUAGAGGAAGUUGAUAGAGGGAGAUAACUCAGACAUGAUGCUUGCCAUGUGAUACUGUUUUGUUUGUGAUAAUGAGUUUUAGUUUUGGGUGCUAAAUCCAGUCAAUUGUCCAGAUGAGUGAUUUUUUUGUGCAAUAAUUGUUGGAGAAUCUUAGUAAUGGAAAUGAAAGAGAGAACUGUUUGACACAGUUUACAUGAUUUGUGAUUUCAAUCAAGAUAGGCUUUAUUGUCUUUUUAAAUUAAAGUGGUAUUUGCUUGUAAUGUAUUAUGUAGGAAUGUUUUAUUUGUGUACAUAGUUUGAAAGCCUUGCACUGAAAGUUCUACUUAAUAUUUGUUUUUUUGUGUUACACUUGUUGUCUUUGCAUGUUGAUUGGUCAUGUUGGUGUUUGUUGUUUUAUGAUGUGCUUUUUAAAAUAGUAUUAUUGAUUUAUAUUAAAAUACUUGUGUAAAUAUUUUCCUAUUAUUGCCAAAGGUUUUUAAAUCAUAAUUUUUAAUGGUGAAUGUACCACAGAAGUAUAAAUCCAAUGGAAUUAAAAAAAAAAAUAUGAUUAGUUUAAACAUAUUUAUUUAGAGCGGAUUGGGAAACAAGUUUUGCAACUUAUAUUAAUCCCUUUCCACUUUGCAGAAUAAAUAUGAUUGCAAAAGGGAAAGUAAGUGAAAAUAUCAUUACAAUAUUUUUCUUCAGUUGAAGUAAUUUAUCAAUUUAAAUAUCCACUAUUAAUCACCAUCAAUGUAUAAAUACAAAAUUCUAUCACAGAAUUUAAUCAAUUGUACAUCUACCAUUAAAAAUGUAUUAUCACUAUUAUUUUGGUACAGUAUGGCUAGAUGUUAAUAUCAUAUUACUAUACUUAGUUGCUAUUUAGAAAUGUAGUUUAAACCGAAACAGAGGCUUCUUCAUAGCAUAGCAGUAUACAAUAAUUUUCUGCUAUAUAACGGGCACCUUUAAAUAGUGUAAACUAGGCAUUAGAGAAUUGGCUUUGGUUUAGUGGUUCAGGAAUAAAGAAUGAUUAUUCUAUCUUAAAAAUAAAUUUUACUUGUGAAUGGAGAAAAAAAUUAUGAGAACGAAUGUUGCUUACAUAAUUUCCAGGGUAACUUCUAAAAUAGUCAUGUGUUAUUUCAAAUAACACAAACAAUCAUUUAUAUUAAUAAAAAGCAAGGAAUAUUUGUAAAAUUUGGAGAGCCUCAAUUUAAAAUAAACAACGAUUAUUAACGUCUUGCCACGAAUUUGUUAGUUCAAAUCUGUGGUGAAAUUUUGUCCCAUCAGAUUUUAUAUGCUCAGGGAAAUAUUUACAAUUGACUUGAUCUGAAUUCAGUUGCAGUCCCAGUUUGACAUUUUUUUUUUUUUAAAGUUUUAUUUAAAACUUUUUCAAUUAAUAGUUGAUUUUUGUUUUUAUCCUGCAUUAUGUACAUUCACUUAUGUAAAUCAGCUAAUGUAAUUUUGAAAUUUGAAAUUGUUACAUUGAUAUUUGUAAAUUAUUGUUUUUAAAAAGGGUAACUUUAUUGAAAUUAUGUCAUUGCCAUUGUCAUAACUAAGAACUUGCAAAUACAUUCAUAAAGAAAAAUGUUAACAAUUUGGGGCAUAUUUUAGAUAUUGUCAUAUUUUUGAGACUGAGUUGAAAGCCUAUGGUAAAUUUUACAUAGUCCUUUAGGGAUAAAGUGUUUGGCAUUUUUUUUUAGAAAAUUUGAGUUGUUAACAUUUUAGAUCCUUUUUGGUUAGAUAGGUUGCAUGUAUGUAUAAUUUUAUCCCAACUUCACCUACAUUUUACAAAAUUCAUAUUGAUGUAGUUAAUGUUCAGACCUUGCCGUCCUGUCUUUGACACCCUUGGUAUCAUUUGUACUCCCCAAAGGUUAUGUAUAUCGUUAUAUUGAAGUUCCUUUCUUAUUUCUCAUGGGAUCAAAGGUCAGUAAUUUCAAACAUGGGGAUAUUUAUAUCCAGUAUAUAAAAUUGAGAAUAGAAAUAGUCAGUAUAUGACCAUCUGACACCUUAAUCCCAUUUUCAUUAUUAUGUAAUCUGUUUAAUUAGUUUAAGAUUAUAUCUUUUCACAAGUAACUGUACCUGACAGUUUAUGAAUAGAUGGUUUGUGAAUUUGUUGUAACAGCCAACUCACAUCUGGGAACACCUGAACCAUGUAACAGCCAACUCACAUCAGGGAACACCUGAACCAUGUAACAGCCAACUCACAUCAGGGAACACCUGAACCAUAUUUUCAUGCUCUAGUCAUUAUGAUCAGGUUAUUGGUUUAGUCAGUAUCUAAGAAAUUAUAUAUACAUGUAACAGGUUAACAAUAAUGCUAUACAUUUUAAGAGAUACAUGUGCAUUUUACCAAAGUUCAGCAGGCUAGAUAUUAUAAAUUGUAAACUCUUGUAUCCUCAAGUUUAAAUGAUGAUAUUAUUAACACUUAUUAUUUAUGAACACAGUCAUGUAUUUUUAUGAGUUUUUUGUCAGAUCUUUUACUGACUCGUUUAAGUUGUUUUUGUGUGUUUGAGUCAUAGUGAAAACUGAACCCAUAUGCUCAAUUGUAAAGAAAGAGGUUAGUUAAUUUGUUAAUUGUAUUUUCUAAUCUAAGAAAGAGAUUUUGUAGAGCAACAAACAGUUUCAGAAUUCUUCAUGACUAAUGAUUAUUUUUGAAAAGGAAAAAAACAUUUAUAGAAAUUUAAAUUUAUUUAAUGAUAUUAUUUUUAAAGAACAGGGUGAUUUUUGGAUUUGUUAAUGAUUUGAUUUUGUCAACUUUGUGCUUCAUCUGACAUUAUAUUUGCUAAUUUUUGGUGUUUUGAUUUGAGUCAUAGUUUGUGCCAUUAUUAUUAUUAUUAUUUGUCUUGUAUUUAAUGUAUGUGAACAAAGUGUGUUGUCUUUUUAUGAUAUUUUAGUAAAUUUUUUGUUUGUUUUUAAAAUGCAUUUUCAUUUUUCAUAUUGUAAGUUGUAGAAUUUCCUCUAAAUCAAUAAAUAUUAUAACAGACAACUAUUUAAAUAUCAAUUCCAUAUGCAAAUGAAAAAGAAAAACAUAGGUUAUGUUUACACUUUUGGCAUCUGAAGGGGCAGUUCAAUAUUUUCUACAUUUCAUUUUAAUAGACAUUGAAAAGAUUGAGAAGUGUAAAUUUUGCUUUAGAAUCUUUAUCAUGACCAAACAGUUUCAGUAGAUUUCCUUAAUUCCCUUUUGUAUAACCAUGGUGACAUUCAGUUUGAAACAGUGGACUAGAUAAAAUAUAUGUACAAUUAAUGGAUUUUUAUAGUUAUAUUAGUAACUUUGGGAAAAGUGGUUGGGGAGAUUUGUGUGCCCUACACAUGAAUAUAAUGCUCUUAGUUGGACAGAGGAAGGGAUAUUGAGAGGUUGGUAGAUCAUUUGAUAUGGUUGGUCAAAUUUUAAAUCAGUAGCUUAAAUAUGGCAGGUGCAUAGCUUAGAGAGUGGAUUUAUCCUCUUUUUAAUUAUAUUUAGAUAUCCAUAAGGUUAACAAAUAUAUUAUUUGAAAAAUUGUAGAAAAUGUAUACAUUAAUGUGUUCGAGUACUUUUGGGGUACUGCUGGUUCAUUUAUUUCAUGGGCAACAAUUAUUAUGUACUAUGGAAAUUUGUAUUUUUCGGUGGAUAAUUGAAAAAUGAACACCACAUCUUAUAUCCAUGCAUAGAUUAUGAACACAUUUUUAUUAAAUAUACGAAAUGUAUUUCAUUGUAAUUGACAAUCAAAUCUUAUAAAUCAUUUUUAUCAUAAUAAACUUCAGGCAAAUAUGACAUAAAGGGAUAUGUUGUCUCAUUUAUAUUUAUAUACAAAAAUAUAAUUGAAUGUAUAAAUAUACCAAUUUUAUAAAUAUACCAAUUGUAUAAAUAUACAAAUUGUAUGAAUAUACCAUAAGUAUAAAUAUACCAAGUGUAUACAGUAAAAGUCUGUUAUAUUCUAAAAGUGUUUUUUUCCUACAGAAUAUCCUAUUUUUCUUUUUAGAAGACGGUAUAAAACCACUCAUUUGGGCAAAGUCAUAAAGAACAUACAAAGUAGUACAUAUUUUUUACAAAACUGUCCUUACGAAGAGCCUCCACUUUAUUAAAAAGCAAGGUCUUAGGAUCAUAGAUGAAAGUUUGUUUAAAAUAAUAAGAUACAUAUAUAUGAAAUUACAAUGGGAAGAAUAUUUGAUCAGAAGUACCUGUAUUUAUACUAUUCAUCUUCCCCAAACAAAUGCACUCUGAGAUGCAAUUUAAGAUAUAUUGAAUUAUUAAGAAUAAGUCAGAAUAAGGUAUUGUUUUGCUAUUAAAUAAAUGCAACUUUGUGUGAACUUAAGUCAAAAUAGCUAAAAAUACAAAUGUACUUGAAAAUUUAUAAUUUAACAUAGAAAGUAAAGGGCUACGAAUAAGUGGUUUUAUAUCUGAAGCUUUUGUACAAUAAUUUGCUAAAAUAAUAUCCCUGUUGUUAAUUUUACUUUAGUUCUUUAAGAGGAAAAUUGUACUUCAGCUAUAUGAAAUUUACAAAUUUAAUUCAAAUUCAAUGCUUUGUCAUAUGAAAUAUAUGAUUGCAAUCAAAUUGAUAUAAGAACUUAUAACUGUUUGUGGCCUUUGAAAUAUUCCACUUAAUAGAUUACUUUUGCUUUAGCAUUGGUCUAGCAUAGGUAAAAGCUUUAUUGUUUUCAAUGCAUACACAUUCUUUUUUGUAUCUCCUUAAUUGUUUUUUAAUUUCAAUAUAAUUUUUAAAAAAUCUGCUGAAAAAUUGAGGUAUUUUGUAGCUCAAAAUGAAAUGAAGCAUUUUAUCACAUAACAUUAAGAAAUAAACUUACAAAGGAAAUAAAAAAUAGUGUACCAGUACAUAUUUAUUUUGAACCAUGUAAAACUUUCAUUCAUGCAGUCUUUUCAUUGCAAAAUGAUUUUUUUUCUCUUAUAAAAUGUAUUUUUUGAGUGCCAAAUACAAUUAUAUUCUAUAAAAAAAUCUCUGCUUAAAAUUUCAUUUACUUUUUGAUCAUUUAAAGUGUUGAAAAAAGUUUUAAUUUGUUUUUUAUAAUUUAUACAUCUUUUUCAAAUUUUAGCUAUGCCACUUUCUAAAAUCAAGUGCAAAUUGUUGCUAAAUUUGAAAAAAUUAUAUAAAGAUUGAAGAGACUUUAACAGUGUAAAAGAUUGGAAUAUAAUACCAAACAUUUUUAGCAAAGAAGUUGUUUACUGUCAUAGCAAUAAGGGUUUUAUGUAUUUUUUUUUGGAAGUAUGAUUUCUUAAAGUGUAUCCCUUAAAAAUAACAGUAAAGUUUAAUAAUAAUGUAGCUUCUGAAGUAUUAUGUAUAUUUUGAUAUCACUUGGUUUUUCUUCUAUCAAGUUCAUUUUAAUGCAUUUUUUGAAGCAAAAAGGAGUGAAACAUUGAAACGUUUUAUUACAAAACUUUAUCAUUGCAUUACAAUUAUGAUAUUUUUCAAUAGAUUAUUUUGUUACUUGUCUGCUCAACAAGAAGGCAUUUAUUUUUGCUUAUUAUUUUACUGGGAUUAUGCAAUUAGUCCUCAAUUCAAGUGUUAAAAAAGUUUAAUAUUUAUAUUUUAAAAACAUUUCCUUGUCCUGAUUGAUUUUUGUAUGAAGGCAAAUUUUAUGCAGUUGUAUUAAAGUGAGUGUGUAUUAUUAUCACUUGUUUUUUUGGGCACAUUAUUUUCAGUUAAAACUACUUACCUACUGAUUUCAGGAAAAUUCCUGGAGAAAAGGCAAUUAUUUAUACAUUUAAAUAUUAUAUCCAAUGCAUUACCAUGUCAAAAAUUAUACUGUGCUCAUAUUUGCUGGAUAUUAACUUGUUCAAGGUUAACAUGUUAACAUAUUGCAGUCCUAUCAUCUGUUAAAUAUUUUUAAAUCAUUUUAUGUAGCCUUGAUGAAACUGUUCUUCUCCUUAAACAUUCAACCCUAUUAACAAUAUUAGAAAUAUAUAUUCUAAGUCACAAAUACCAUUUCGUAGAUGGUUAGGCUGAUAUGUAUAUGUAUACUUUCUGAAUUAACAAAAGCAGACUUGUACGAGUCACAGGAAUAUUGUAAUCAAAAGAUGCUUUGGUACAAUUGAAACAUUGAAAUAGACUGUAUAAAAUGUCAAAAUUUUAAUAAAAUAUUUAGUUCUUA